AGCUUUGGCACUCCAUCGAGCACCGAUCCUAGGCCAUCGGCCUAGCUUCCUUCCCUCUUCUCACACCCAGAGGCUAGGCUCGCCUCUCAGCACGCUGGCAAAUGUCCAAUUACAAUGAUGAUGACGCUUGUCCAGGUUCCCCUGGCCUCGAACCCGUACAUCCUAAGGCUACUCCUUCACCCUCGCCGCCACCGUUCAUCCCGCAGCAAAAUCCCACAAAACCGUCUAAUCGACGGACCCGUCCGAGCCAAGGAGACAAAGUCUUGAUAAGUUUCAUGGACGCAAACCGGCCAGAAAUAGCCCACCUGGUCGGUGAACAAGCCCUCAAUUCGGAUUCUGGCUCAGAAGCCGACGAGGAGGACAUGGAGGAGGACAUCGUGAGCCACUCGCCUCUAGCCAGUUCUGCCCAUCAGACAGCUGGUAUUUCUCCGGGUUCUGACUUGGUCGGCACCGCUCAGGCUGCGCAAACUGCCAAUUCGAGAGGCCUGAAAGAUACAGCAUCCCCGCCACGGCGUGGAUCCAUGCAAAGCGACUCUGAGAAGUUUGUCGAGCUCCCAUGUCCUAUGUCGAAACCAGUGGAUGCGGGACGUGUAGAUAGACCGUUGCACGGAGAGCGUACAGCACGUGACAUAGACGGACAGUCGACUGCCCGUUCACUUAGCUAGAUUACGACCAGUCUUGGCAGCCCUGGCCUUACCGUCGACCGCUGUCUCCAACUUCAAUUCAACAUCUUUUUCUUCCACUACCUUCCGUGCUGAUUGCUUACAGAAACCUGUCGUC